AUGGAAGUUGAACAGCCGUCGGGGAUGCAUGCCCCAGAAUCAACCACUUUGCUGAAGAUAAUUCACUGGGACAGAUUCUUCGAAUCUGAAGCACCUCCUAGACUUGGAAUGGAGGUACGCCGGCGACUACCGUAUACCACUUUGGCUGCCUUUUCCGUUGGAAUGGCUGUCGGGUCGUCGCACGGAAGCAAAACAGCUGCCUAUCGCUUUCGCGCUGAGAAUGCGCAUCGGUUCCCCACGACAUCGACCGGAUGGUUCCAGUAUCACAAAACGAAGAACUACGUGUCCAUAGUUGGAGGUGUCAAGGAGGGUAUGAAAAUGGGGCUCAAGCUUGGUGCUGGUGCAUUAGCAUUUUGUCUCUUCGAGGAGACUGUGGAUUAUGCCCGCCACGACCGGAGAGACUUCUUAUCCACUGUUACGGCGGGAUUGUCUUUCUCUGGUAUCUACAGCUUGCUAGCUCGUCAUGACGUAUACACUGCCGCACGUACGACAAAACUGGGAUUGAAACUCAGUCUUGUCUACGGACUAAUGCAGGACGCCCUGGAGUCCUUAAAGGGUAACCGACCUGCUUAUGUUGAUUUUAUUCUGGGUAAUCGCCGGUCAAAUACGGGUGGGGAGGUUUGA